AUGCAACGAUCAUCUGAUCCUAUUGAUCAAUACAUUAAAGAACGUUCAUUACGUUUAACAUCUGAACAAAAUGAAAUCAUUGAGUAUACAAAUUCAUGGCCAGUCGAAGUUGGAACAUUCUCUGGCUAUACAGCAUUAACAAUUGCAUUAGCUCUUCCAUCAGAUGGUCAAUU